GCCGGAAAACCGGAAGUCGCGGCUGCUGAGGGAACUGAGCCGUGAUGCCGCUGCGAGGCCCACUACAGGCCGCCCGGCGCCCCCGCCCCGCCCGGCCACCGCCGCUGCGUGUCCCCGGGGCCAUGGGUCUCCCGCGGCGGCGGCUGCUGCUGCUGCCUGUGGCGCUGCUGGCGGUGUGCGCGCCCCGCGGCGGAGCCUUCUACCUGCCGGGCCUGGCGCCCGUCAACUUCUGCGAGGAGGGCAAGGCGACUGCCGAGUGCAAGUCUGUGAUAGAGCUGUUUGUGAACAGACUUGACUCUGUGGAAUCUGUUCUUCCCUAUGAAUAUACUGCGUUCGAUUUUUGCCAAGCAGCAGAUGAGAAACGUCCAUCUGAAAAUCUUGGUCAAGUAUUGUUUGGAGAGAGAAUAGAACCAUCACCAUAUAAGUUUACAUUUAAGAAGGAAGAGAAAUGUAAAUCUGUUUGCACAAAAGUGUAUGACACAAAAAAAUCAGAGGACAAGCAAAAAUUGGACUUUCUGAAAAAAAGCAUGUUGUUGAACUAUCAGCAUCAUUGGAUUGUGGACAACAUGCCUGUAACUUGGUGCUAUGAUGUUGACAACAACCAGAAGUUUUGCAAUCCUGGAUUUCCUAUUGGCUGUUUUACUACAGAAAAAGGUCAUCCAAAGGAUGCCUGUGUCAUUAAUGCAGAGUUUCGUGAAGAAGAUACCUUUUACAUAUUUAACCAUGUAGAUAUUAAGAUAUUCUACCAUGUUGUAGAAAAGGAGGCGGUAGGAGCAAGACUAGUAGCUGCUAAACUUGAACCGAAAAGCUUCAAACAUACACAUAUAGAUAACCCUGACUGCUCAGGACCACCUAUGGGUAUAAGUAACAAGGCUAAUGGGGAGAUCAAAAUUGCUUACACAUACUCAGUUAGCUUUCAGGAAGAAGAAAAGAUAAAAUGGGCAUCCAGAUGGGAUUACAUUUUGGAAUCUAUGCCACACACCCAUAUUCAAUGGUUUAGCAUCAUGAAUUCCCUGGUGAUUGUCCUUUUCCUAUCUGGGAUGGUAGCUAUGAUCAUGUUAAGGACACUGCAUAAAGACAUUGCAAGAUAUAAUCAAAUGGAUUCCACUGAAGAUGCCCAGGAGGAAUUUGGCUGGAAACUGGUUCAUGGAGACAUAUUCCGGCCCCCAAGAAAAGGAAUGCUACUCUCUGUUUUUCUAGGCUCUGGGACACAGAUCUUAAUUAUGACUUUUGUUACUCUGUUUUUUGCUUGCCUGGGAUUUUUGUCACCUGCUAACCGAGGAGCAUUGAUGACCUGUGCUGUGGUCUUGUGGGUGCUGCUUGGAACUCCAGCAGGUUACGUUGCUGCAAGAUUCUACAAAUCUUUUGGUGGUGAGAAAUGGAAAACAAAUGUCCUGCUGACAUCAUUCCUUUGUCCUGGAAUUGUGUUUGCGGAUUUCUUUAUCAUGAACCUCAUUCUUUGGGGAGAAGGAUCUUCAGCAGCUAUUCCCUUUGGAACUUUGGUUGCUAUUUUGGCACUUUGGUUUUGCAUAUCUGUGCCAUUGACAUUUAUUGGUGCCUACUUUGGUUUUAAGAAAAAUGCUAUUGAACACCCAGUUCGUACCAAUCAGAUUCCUCGUCAGAUUCCUGAACAAUCAUUCUACACAAAACCAUUACCUGGCAUUGUCAUGGGAGGGAUUCUGCCGUUUGGGUGCAUCUUCAUACAACUCUUCUUCAUUCUAAAUAGUAUUUGGUCCCAUCAGAUGUAUUAUAUGUUUGGCUUCCUAUUUCUUGUGUUCAUUAUUUUGGUCAUAACAUGCUCUGAGGCCACUAUACUGCUUUGCUAUUUCCAUCUGUGUGCGGAGGAUUAUCACUGGCAGUGGCGUUCAUUCCUUACCAGUGGUUUUACUGCAGUUUAUUUUCUGAUAUAUGCAAUACACUAUUUCUUUUCUAAACUGCAAAUCACAGGAACAGCAAGCACCAUUUUGUACUUUGGUUACACCAUGAUAAUGGUUUUGAUCUUCUUUCUUUUCACGGGGACAAUUGGAUUCUUUGCAUGCUUUUGGUUUGUGACCAAAAUUUACAGCGUGGUGAAAGUUGACUGACUAAAGAAAACCCCAGUGUGUGAAACUUGGUACAGAAGAGAUUUAAUCUUCAUUAACAUAAUUUAAAGACCUGUUCUUGGUGGUGAACUUAAGCUUUAUCAGAAGUUAUGACAUCUUGUUCCUUGGGAAUGAUACUGAAUAUACACCCUCCUCAAAACACUUUUUGUAUUGUGAUUUAACAAUCUGUUUUCAUUCAAAUCUUCUUAAUGAAGACCAGAGUUAAAUAUUGUAAGCAUUUGUAAAUAUAACUAUACUGAAAUAGAAACAUUAAAUUCUAAUGGCAGAAUAGAAGUGGCUGUAUUACACAAUUUGAUACUGCUGAAUAAAGUACAAUUGUAAAUAGGAUUUUCUAGGCUUGGUAGGAGGGAUGAAUUAUUUUUCUUUUGAAGGAAAUGAGAACUUUUUAUCAUGCUAACUUUAAAGGAUGUCUCCAAGGUGGGUUGCUGUUUUGGAUGUGGUUUUUAUUUCGUACUAGUGAUAUGUCCAUAAAUAUUCCAAUUUCUGUGACUUCAUUGGUUUCAGUGUUGUUGGCCUUUUAAACUAUGUGCCUCUGAGUCUUUGAAUUUAUAAAUUCAUAAUCUUGUUGUAAAAAUGUCUUCAGUGGGUCAUUACAUAUUAGACGUUUAUGAAGUUAUGUAAAUACAAAUAUAUUGACAAGGGAGGUUUUAAAAUUAUGUGGAGUCUUUUAUUGCGUUUUACUGUAUUUGGUUAAUGUAUAUUGACACUCCUUUUGAUCUGGGAAAAAAUCAGUUUUGUCCUAAAUGACUAAUGCUUAAAAUGUGAUAGUGGUGCAUGAGAAUGAAAUUAGACAUUACACGUAUGCACUACAGGAUUAAUCAAGCCCUUAACCAAGCUACUUUUUCUGAGACUAAAUCAUAUGUGGAGAAGAUCUUAAUAUAUGUGCAGCAUUCACUGCUGAUCUUUUUUUAACUGAUCUUAAUGAUGCAUAUUCCAUAAAGCAACUGUGGCUAGAUCUAUUUAAGCAAAAAAAAAGAACCACUGUUUUUGCCUCAUGUUCAGAGAAACUAUCAGUUCCAGGUGACUAACUGACUAGAAUUAAUUAUUUCACAGUACCUGUGAACAAAAUUGAAAUGUUACCUUGUUCAAUAAUUUAGAUUCAUAACUGUUCAUCUGUCAACAAGGGCAGCAUGUUUCCCACAGUCUGAUAAAAUUUUAUUAAACUGCAUGUACUAGUUGUCAGUCAUAAAUUAAAUUUCUUUUGUCUGAUUUUUCUAAUGGUAUGCUUUUCUAAAAGACCUUAAUCUAAUGAUGCUCGAAUACUGAAUCAAUAAAAAUAUUGUUGGUUAA